GCACAGUUUAAAUUACCUUUUGGGAGCAGUUUCCCUGUAUCACUACCACCUUUAACAUGCUCGUUCAAAGGGUGCGGGGGCUGUUGUUUCCCCCCUCCCCUCUCGCCUCUCCCUCCAUAUAAGCCGGGCUGCCUCCAGCUAGCUUUUGCACACACUCUACUUACUGGCCCAGAGCAAGUAAAGAAGACCAGUGGAGAGAUGAGUCCGUUUUGCUCUGAGUCAGCAUGGCUCUACUUGGCUGUUACUGCCGCGCUGGGGGGCAUGCUUCUCUGGAGAUCCCAGAGUCCAGGGCAGUGGAAGAGGCAGGCGGGGUGCCUUGCUGGCCUCUGGGGAGGUGCUUGCCUGCUCGGCCUGUCCCUCCUCUGCAGCCUGCUCCUCUUAUCGUUAUGCUGCUUGCUUCUCCUGUAUGUGAGUUCAUCCGACCAAGAAUUGUUACCCGUGGAUCAAAAGGCCGUGCUGGUGACAGGUGCUGAUUCCGGUUUCGGUCAUGCUUUGGCCAAGCAACUGGACAAGCUGGGCUUCACAGUGUUCGCUGGAGUGCUGGAUGGAGAGGGCCCAGGGGCAGAAGAGCUGAAGAAAACCUGCUCCGAGCGCCUCUCGGUGCUCCAGAUGGAUAUCACCAAAGCAGAGCAGAUAAGAGAUGCUCACACCAAAGUCACAGAGAAGACACAAGACAAAGGACUUUGGGCCUUGGUUAACAACGCAGGAGUCUUGCACUUUCCAAUAGACGGGGAACUCCUUCCCAUGACCAGCUACAGAAAAUGCAUGGCCGUGAACUUCUUUGGAGCCGUAGAGGUCACCAAGGUGUUCCUGCCUCUCCUCAGAAAAUCCAAGGGAAGGCUGGUGAAUGUCAGCAGCAUGGGGGGCAAGGUUCCAAUGGAAAUGAUAGCAGCUUACUGCCCAACAAAGGCAGCCGUGACCAUGUUUUCAUCAGUCCUCAGACUGGAGCUUUCCAAGUGGGGAGUCAAAGUUGCUACAGUCCAACCCGGAGGUUUCCAAACAAACAUCACAGGCUCACGUGACAGUUGGGAUAAGAUGGAGACAGAAAUCCUGGACAGUUUUUCCAAAGAGCUGCAGGAGGACUAUGGCCAGGACUAUGUCCGCAAACAGAAGAACUUACUCCAGAUGAUGAGAGACAAUUCCUGCCCGGACAUCACCCCUGUGCUGCGGGAUAUCCAACAUGCCAUUUCUGCCAGGAACCCCUCUUCCUUUUAUGCCCCAGGGCGAAUGGCUAGUCUAUGGAUCUACUUUGAAGCCUAUUCCCCAACCAGCGUAUUGGACUAUGUUUUGAAAAAAUGUUUUGGUCCAAAACACAUGCCGAGAGCCCUAAGGACAGCGAGUUAGAAGAAUGGGGCCCCGCUCGGGUAGGAAAUGUCACAGUCUUAGGAUGAAGGGGAAACCUCUUAUUAAACUUGUUUUCUACCUCAGAUUCUUACUUUGAGAUGUAUUGGUUCCCCGUGACUUAGUGGCAAGAGGACUGGAAUAUGACAAGAGAGUGGUACUGAGACUUGGUGCCACCAGACACCUAUCAGAGGCAGGCUUG